AGAUGGCGCUAAUCCAAGUUUUUAUGUGUGAGCGACUUGACUACUCACUCCUCUGAAUUUAAACAUUCAUUUGUUAUUCGCAUCUUCAUCUCUGAGAGUGGAGGUAAUAGGUUCCAUUGUUUACCUUUUGCUUGGUGACAGUAGAGCACAGAAGGAUAAGUGGAACCCAUCGGAAAGAUUUAUAUUCUUAGGAAAUUUAUGAUGGAGGAGUCAGUGAUGGAAGCCGUUAGAAAGCUGGACUGUGACCUUUUCCUGUCACUCAUACCAGACAGUAGUCAACAGCCGAGGUUGUCUCUAGAGUUGAUGAGAACUCUUUUCUUUGUAGCAGUGGACAGCCUGGUCCAGGCAUCAUGCUCGGGCAUGCAGAGCGCUCGAAUUGUUUAUUUGUUACGGAACCUCGGCGCCCAGAUCAAUAGACAAAACGAGGACGGGAACACUCCAUUGAUGUGCUACAUGAAAGCGGGAAAUCCCGACAGUGAUAUUGUUGAAGCAUUUCUUCGCUGUAACGCUGACAUUUACAUUGCCAAUAAGCUUGGGGAGUUCCCCCUGGAGUAUGUGAUGACCAGCUCUCAUGUCACACCUGUGGUCAGAGGUGUCUUCACCAGAUAUGUGCCAGGUAUAUGGGAAGCUGUGGCUAAAGAUGAUGCCAUGAGUGUCCGUAGACUCAUUAAUGAGUGGUGUAGGGUGGAUGUACAAAAGAAUGGUCAAACCUUGUUACAACUGGCUCUUGAGAUGGGAACAGAAAACAUCAUUCGAGUUGUCAGUGGCAUCAGAUCUUCUAUGGAGUUUGCACACAGCGUUUUAGCUGGAGAUACACAGAUUGUAAGAAGAAUGCUUCGGCUCAAGUUGAAGAUCAAUGUGAACUUUAGAAACUUGGGUGAUCGAGGUAAGACGCCUAUAUUUUAUGCUCUUGUCCAAGAUAACACUGACCUGGUUCACACCCUGUUGGACAGAGGAGCAAGAGUGGACAUUACACUGAAAGGAGAAGACGAGAUUGACAUUCCAUUUUAUUUUGCUGCCUUGGAACACAGUCCACCAAUAUCUACAGCCUUGCUAAAGACUAUCAUCCCAUUAGCACCAGUGAAAGUAGAUAGUUUAUUUUACAAAGGGCGAAAUAUUUUGUUUCACUGCAUAGAGAAGAAUGUCGGAGAACAGCUGGUAGACUAUAUCUUAAGCAAAAGUUCACCUUACCUGGUGACACAGAGAGUAGGUAUGAAUCGCUGCCCUAGAGAAAUGGCUGAAGAAAGAGGUUGUUCCUGGAUGAUCAAAGCAAUAGAUGCUGCAGUAGUCAGGUGGGUCUAUCAAGAAGAGGGUCUGAGUCGACAGGUAUUGGUUCUUCAGGGUUAUCAAUACAUUCCUGCAGCGUUACAGAAUAUUAACAGUAACAUGGAGGAUGAUACUGAUAUCUUCUAUAGAUAUUUGUCUCUCUAUCAGGAACAAGUGAAUGCCUUACAUAAAGCUGUGGAGGAAAGUGAUGAGGAAACUGUGCGGCACAUCAUUUACUUUAGGCAUCCAGAUGAUCACAGCCUUGACCCUUGCCUUGCAGACAGUAGGAAGCCUGGUGAUGGGCAACCUCUCCUCCACAAAGCAGUUCUAAGGGGAAGUUUAGGAGUCACUCAACUGUUGGCAGAGACUUUGGUGUAUCAGCGUAAACAGAGGCUAGAUUCAGUGAGAGAUCAGUAUUUUCGUACAGCCUUACAUUAUGCAUAUGGUCUUGAAGAUGGCAAGGAACUUGUAAGUCUUCUACUAGAUUAUGGAGCAUCAGAAUUUACAAUGGAUAAGGACAACCGGUCACCUCUUGCUUUUAAAGAUAGACAAGGUCAAGAAAGGAUGAAUGAACUACUUCAGUAUCAGUACUUACAGGACUUUACUCAUUCAGAACCAGACCCAUGGAGUGUACCACUGCCUAUACCUAUCAUUGACUACAUCCUCAACUCAUGUAAUCACUCUGAUGGACACCAGGGCUACCUCCAAGACUUCACCUCCCACGUGGGUGCUCACCGACACAUCUCCUCCCUGCCCAACACUGAUAUUGCUGUCAUCCAGGCAUCUAGCCCUGGCAGCCCAUUGACCAAGUCCCACAAGUUUAGAUCUGUCUCUGACACGAAACUUCAUAAACUGACCCCUUCCAAACCUAGCCUGGCUGCCCACCUGGCCAACUUUCCUGACGCAGUCAAGUCCAGGCUAACUAAAAGGUCCAAUAACAAACUAAGUAUUGAUGGAUUACGAAAGGACUAUCUUCCUGUGCCUAUGGAUGCACCACGAGACAGUGAGGAUGACUUUGAGUUUGAAGAUGAUGGUGCUGAUUCCAGAGAUUUACUUGAUGAGAAAGAAAUGAGAAAGUCUACUUCUUGUUGUUUACAGUAAAUCUUCAGCAACAGUUUGGUAGACAAAUAUAUUUUUGUAUGUUGAAUGACAAGAAUCUUUCAACCAUAACAAUAUGUUACUCUCACAUGAUCAAAAAUAAUGUUCAUAUCACAAAUAAUGUUCAUAUCAAACUUUAUUUUCCAUAGGAAUUUUCAUAACUCUAAAAACAUUUUAAAAUCUGCAUUUGUUGUGUGGUGCCCAACAGACUAAGGGGUAGGUGAAGAUGAUCUGCAUUUUAAGUUAAAUUAGGGUUAUAAACUUAAAGCCAAUUAAAAAAUAUUUUUAAAAAGUAAAGGAAAUAGAGAGAGACUUCAAAUUAUCAGAUUUUAAAUCAUACUUCUACAAGAAAAAUAAAUGAGCAAUAUACAUAUUUACUUCAGUUGUUAGUGGUGUUAAAUGUGAGGGUAUUUUGUAUUCUAUUUUCUGUUUCAAAAAAAAAAAAGAUUUAAUAAUUUGUUUUUUCACAAAGCAUCUGCAUGCAUAUCAUAUUUCUCUGCUACAUCUCUCUUGGGUGUUGUUUUUUUUUGGUCAAGUCUUGCAGCUCUGCCAUUUUCAUUUCAAUUGUAAGAGAUUUGUAUUGAUUCUAAUUUGAAGAAGUUAACCAUGCCAUUCUGUUAAGAACUUUGAACAUAUCCAUAUAGUGCAUAUUGUCUGGUGUGUGUUUGAUUGAUAGAACAGCAAUAUAAGAGGUGUCAACCACUCAUUGUACCACACUAGACAUAUGCUGGAGGAGCAUUGGUUGAACAGUAAAGCGCUUGGCAUCCAAACCAGGUGUCCUGUGUUCGAUUCCUGGUGAAGACUGAUUUUUUUUUGAGGAUCUUUCUGUGCCUCUGAGUCCACUCAGCUCUGGGUAACUGACAAUUAUUAUUAUUAGUUGUGGAAAAGUCAAAGGGGUUGGUCUUUGUGCUGGUCACAUGACAACCUCAUUAACUGUGGGCCACAGUAACAGACCUUUACAUCAUCUGCCCCAUAGAUCACAAGGUCUGAGAGGGGAACUUAACAUACAGACAUGAUGGCUUGUUAUGGGUGAGUAAAGAAACAGUGUACAGCACAUGGAAAAUUGACAUUUUAUUGAAAUUAUUAUUAGGAACUGGGUAUAAACUUAGAAAUAGUCUUUUUUUUUUCUUCCAGUAAUGACAUAGAAGUAAGAAAAAAAAAAAAGAAGCUAAUUCAAAUUAAUCAGAAUAUCUUUUUAUGCCACAUCAGUUCAAAUGAUCUGGAGUCAUUUCUUAGAGGACUGUAUACUUUUGUUUUAUUAGUGAGACUACUAAACUUGUGAUCCGCUGAGCAAGAUGACUGCAUGGCCGAAUUUCAGCACUAUGUUUUUAUCAUUGAACAGUUGAAUAAUUUACAAGGAUUUUCUUGUGUAUCAAACAAAAUCACUUUCAACUAGGAUAACUGUAACUCCUUGUCAAUACAAAAUAACACAAGACUAAAAUAUGAACAUGGUGGCUGCUUGAGCAGUUCUGAUAACCCAUAGUGGCUAAUUUUAGGAAAUAAAACAUGCACCAACAUUUUAUGUGGCAUCAUGGGGGUGGUUACAAUUUAAGUUGGUUUCCUAUUUAUGUAUAAUACUGCAUGACAAUGUUUAUGAAUGGAAAAAAACAGUUUUUUUUUCUAUGUUAUUUCUGUAUCUACAAGACUGAGACAAGUUCAAAUGUAUUUAAUUCUUGUGUCUGCACUAUGACAAUUUCUGGUCUAAUAUUAAACAUGUUCUAAAAUUGUUA